AAAACAUCUACAGUACAUACGAAAAUUUUUCUGUCACCACGUGAUUUAAUACUCAAAUUGUUUAUAAAUAAAUAAACAAAUAGGCAAUAAUGUUCAGUGAAGAUUUUAAACCCCAUGAGAUCCAAGAUCUGUCAGGAGUUACGGAACCGGAAUUUUCAAAACCGGAAAUGCAAGAAGCUCGAGCUUUCUUACGUGAACGAUAUCUACGAUUUAUGAAUGGAGUUAUUGGAGCUAAAGCAAAUUUUUAUCUCUACGAAAACUCACAUGUUUCUGGAGAAUUUCGUGGCUGCGAUGUAGAUUGUCUUGAACUGUUCGUCCACAAUUUAAAAACCCCAUUGGGAGUUGUGCCAGAAGCUAUUCUUCGAGCAACAGACGUCAUAAGUUUCACAAUAAAUAAUAUAAAAGCACCAUGA